CUGAAGACUGAUUCUUUUUCAUUAUGUUGUUCGUGGGCCCCCAGAACACCGCACUAUAAUGCACAAAUGGAUAUUGUCAUGGAUCCUGCCAACUUUGCUCUACAGAUCAUACUUUUACAUUAUCUUCCUGGUGAGCGCCAUAUCAUUCGCUUGCAAUGACAUGACCCCAGAGCAAAUGGCUACAAACGUGAACUGUUCCACCCCUGAGCGGCACACCAGGAGCUACGAUUAUAUGGAAGGGGGGAAUGUCAGAGUGAGAAGACUUUUCUGUCGAACUCAGUGGUAUAUCAAGAUCGACAAGCGGGGCAAAAUAAAAGGUGUCCUGGAACGGAACAGCAAUUACAGUAUUCUCGAAAUAAGAACGGUGGCAGUUGGAAUAGUGGCAAUCAAAGGCGUGGCGAGUGAAUUCUUCCUAGCCAUGAACAAGUCGGGGAAACUCUAUGGAAAGAAAGUGUGCAAUGAGGACUGCAACUUCAUAGAACUGAUUGAAGAAAACCAUUACAACACGUACGCUUCAGCAAAUUGGACACACAAAGGGAAAGAAAUGUAUAUUGCGUUGAAACAGAACGGGGCCCCUAAGAGAGGUCAAAGAACAAGUAAGGAAGACGUAUCUUCCCACUUCCUUCCAUUCGCGGUAUCCUAA